UUUCCGCCCUCGGCCAGCCCCACCUCUGCCGGUCCGCCCUCGGCUCCCCCACCGCGCCGAGGAGCGAGCCCGGGAACCCACACUGGCGUGCCCCGAGCGGGAGCCCCCCAUCAGCUGCCGCCGGACGCCUCGAUGCCGGAGCAGAGCAGGGUUCCAAGUCUGUGGAAGACAUAACCUUGCACCUGCCUGCGCACCCCACUCUCUGACCUUGCUAGUCUCUCAGGAUCUGAGACGUUGACCUUCACCGUGCAGCUCAAGGCUCCAAGGACUCCACUUUGUCUAGACCUGUCCAGCUGAAACUCAGGGCAUUGUUACACUUGAGGGGAGUGAGGGGAGGGCAGUCAAGGUACAAGAACAAGAGCCCUCUGGGGCCUCAGGCAGAGGAGUGAAACUGGAACCAUCAGGGAACAUGAGUGAAUUUUGGCACAAACUGGGCUGCUGCGUGGUAGAGAAACCCCAGCCGAAGAAGAAGAGGAGACGGAUUGACCGGACCAUGAUUGGGGAACCAAUGAAUUUUGUCCACCUGACUCACAUUGGCUCUGGGGAGAUGGGGGCCGGAGAUGGACUUGCCAUGACAGGUGCAGUUCAGGAGCAGAUGAGAUCCAAGGGAAACCGAGACAGGCCAUGGAGCAAUUCUAGGGGCUUAUAGCUCCGACAGGAAUGGAUCUGCUGUGUCCAGCCUCCACUCUGUCCAGCCCAGAAGAGAUGCUGCCCCUACCAGUUCUCCCAGAAUCAGUGACCCAGGGCCCCUCUUUUCCCUAUCUGUCUCAUAGUGCCUCAGAAGGCUUGGGGGCUGGACUCCCUUUACUCCCUCUGGUUGCAGCCCCUCCUGGAGAUGGGGUCAAGGCAGCAGGACUGACCAAGUGAUGACUAAUUGGCCAGAGGAGCUCAGCUGAAGCCUUGGACGCUCUCAGAUCUGAGAUAGGAGAUUUCUGGGAACUUGGAAUGAGUUCCUGUCUCCUGAAUGAUGGUCUAGGUGCCGUAUGUUUUUAAACUCCUAACCUGGAAUUCCUUACAUGCGGUGGGUAGGUGAGAUGACCUAAGUUGAAGCCAGCUUUGCUGAGAAGCUCCCUACCUCCCUGCGUUUGUCUUUCCUCCUGGAGUGAACUGAAUUGGAUGUCAGGUUGGGUCUUGGGGGGUGACAACUGGCUAGUCUACUCCUUCUUUUUAGAUCGUGGACUUUAAGCUCACAGUCCCUCACUAUCUCUCUGCCAGUACCAAGUUCUUUAUAUCAGAAGGUCUCUAGCCUUAUUUCUAUAGCAUCGCUGACUCCCUCAGAUCUUUUCCUCUUUUUUUUUUUUGAUUAAAAUUUUAAUUUAAGAUGAGAU